AUGAACGCACUCCAUUCCUAGCUCAAUAUCUCACCAUCUACCUCUUCCAAGUUUCAACCUCCCCUACCUCUCCAUUACUCUCUGCAACUCUCGUGGAAAAUGCUUGGGAAGAAGAUGGUGAGCUUCAAGAAACUAGCCAAGAAAGUGAAGGCUGUAGGUGGAACUGGUGGAGAACCAUCUUACCAUGAGUGUCUGCUGAGAGGCUCAGACGUCGAAGGAGGCAACUCUCCCACAGCCAAAACCCCAACUGGGUUCCUUGCAGUUUACGUAGGCGAAGAGCGCCAGAGGUACGUGGUUCCAACAAGCUUUCUUUCUCAUCCGCUCUUCAAGAUGCUGCUGGAGAAAGCCUACAAUGAGUUUGGUUUUCAGCAAAGAAGCGGACUCGUGGUUCCUUGCAGCGUCUCGGCUUUCGAAGAUGUUGUCACUGCUGUGGAAUGCAGUAACGGGCAGUUUCAUUUUGGAGAACGUGUUGAGGAGUUCAUUUCAUGAUCGAGUAGGAAUAUGAUAAGUUAGCUGCCUAGAUUCUUUUCUUUUCAUCAGCAAAAAUUGCUUAGGUUAGUGUUUAAUUUGUAGCAUAUGCCAUGUGG